AUGGAUCCGGACCUUGAACCACACUCAUCAGGAUCCGAUGGCCAGGGAGGAGACCACCCACCAUCCAAGAGAGUCAAAAGAGGGUCGGUUCGUCGAAAGCCAGCUUGUCAAGCAUGUCGCCGGCGCAAGGUCCGCUGUGACAAUGCUCAGCCGGCCUGCGGGUUUUGUUGUGCCAAUGAAACCGAGUGUGUAUAUGUCACUCGUGGGGAUGAUGGUUGCAAGCAAGAAAUGAAACAAGUUUUAGAAAGACUGGACACAUUAUCACAAGCAGUUGAUAACAUGCAGAACAUGCUCAGCUCUAAGGAUACUCCACAGACUAGUCGGCCUCCAGAGAUAGAGACCCAGGACCGCCGGGGAAGUGUCCCUAUCAGAGCAGCAGAGUGGCAAAGAGACUACUUGCGGAUUCCAGCAGGCCGAUGUAGCGCUGACACGGUGCUAACCUGGCCCAUCUUCCAAGGUCAAUUCCGAGAGAGCUCUCUCAUCACGACACUUUUUCAUUAUUCGCAUGGGGCAUCUGAAGAUAGACCAACUGAGUCAUGGACCCUGCCAGAUGGACUUCAGUAUACACCAGAUGAGCAGAUUCCAACACUGGUGGAUCGCUUUAUUCAGAAUGUUCACACCAAGAACCCGAUCUUGGAUUUAAAAUCGCUUAUUCGGUCCGGGAGACAUGCGGCUGAGUUCGGUCUUCAGUGGGAUGCUCAGUCUUGCCUUGUGCUCUUGGCUUGUGCGUUGGGUUGUAUCUCGCAACCAUUCACCACUUCCAUCCAAUUUCCUCAAACUGCGAGGUCUCUUCAUGACGGGAUGGGAUGGCGAGCACCGGGAUUCAAUUCCAGUUCUGGCACACAAUUGCGAGAAGGCGAGGCUUUCUUUAUGAUGGCUUGUAGGAGGAUCGGUCUCUUGCGGUACUCGGUUAUCGGAGCCCAGUGUCACUUUUUUGCUGGAGUAUAUCUGAUGUACACAUUCCGCCCAUUGUCCGCUUGGAACCAUUUCUACCAAGCCUCUACAUUUUACCGACUACGCCUGCGAAUGAUUGACGGACUUGACAAAUCAGUAUACGAAGCAGAGCAACCAGGAGCGGCUGUUGCUCAGCGCCUCGAGCAAAGUCUAUAUUGGUCAUGCUUCAAGUCAGAGGUCGAGAUUCGCGUGGAGCUCCCGCUGCCACAAUCUGCCAUAGCUGAAUACGAGUACCCAGCCCUCUUCCCCACACCUCCAACCCUAUCAGAGGAAUAUCCGAGGCGCAGAGAUCAGGCAUCUGAUUGGGCUGAUUCUGAGAACACACAUCAAUCACCGCAUGAUGAUCCGGCUGGCCUGCCUGAGCGGGGGUCUAUAAUCAUGUCUCAAAGCUAUUCAAUGAGGAGCAAAGCUGGUACUACUACCUUACGGAGGUGGCAUUGA